AUGGUAGAGCGCUUCCACCGCCAACUGAAGUCAGCUCUGCGGACCGAUGACGACGCCGCCUCCUGGUCGGACCGACUUCCUCUGGUGCUACUCGGAGUGCGCACGGCCCUCAAGGAGGAUCUCGGAUGCACCGCUGCAGACCUAGUCUAUGGUUGCAGUCUCCGACUUCCUGGUGACUUCCUCUCCCCCAUGUCGUCGGACACUUCUUCUGAUCCGGCUUCCCUAGCCUCUCGUCUCCGUGCCGCCAUGUCGGAGCUCCGUCCAACUCCUCCUCGUCCUGGCUCCCGCCAAAUCUUCAUCUCUCAAGACAUGCAAACCUGCUCCCACGUCUUCAUCCGACGCGAUUCGCAUCGCUCUCCUUUCCAAUACGUCUAUGACGGUCCUUAUCGUGUCCUAUCCCGCGACCAGCACACCGUCACCAUCGCCCGUCUCGGGCGACGCGACACUGUCACCCUGGCUCGGUGUAAACCGGCCUUCACGGACAACAUGCCAGCCGCAACGCCGCCUGCAGCACCGGACGUCCUGGUGAACGACACGCCUACUACAGCGACAGACAGCUCGACUGUCCGCCAGUGGACGGGGGCCCGGCGACAGACGCUGGCUCAGUGGCCAACAGUGGUCCACCCGCCGGCUGAUGGUGGCUCGCCGACCGACGCCGGCCCGUCGGCUGACCACGGCAUUCCGGCUGAUGGUGGCCCGCCAGCCGAUGGAGGUCCGCCGGCCAUUCGUGGCACGCCCGCAGACGGCAGCUCGACGACACGUCCUGGCUAUGUCACCCCCAAGAUUACUUCGCCCCCCAGUCCCUAG